AUGGCCAACUACCUUGCAUCCAUCUUCGGUACCGAGCAGGACAAGGUCAAUUGCUCCUUCUACUACAAGAUCGGCGCAUGCCGACAUGGCGACCGCUGCUCCCGCAAGCAUGUCAAGCCUUCCUACUCGCAGACUAUCCUCAUGCCGAACAUGUAUCAGAACCCGGCCUACGACCCCAAGAACAAGAUGAAUCCCAGCCAGAUGCAGAACCACUUCGACGCCUUCUACGAGGAUGUCUGGUGUGAGCUGUGCAAGUUCGGUGAACUCGAAGAGUUAGUCAUUUGCGACAAUAACAAUGACCAUCUUAUUGGUAAUGUCUACGGCCGAUUCAAGUACGAAGAAGAUGCGCAGGCCGCAUGCGACGAGCUCAAUUCCCGCUGGUAUGCAGCGCGGCCGAUUUAUUGCGAAUUAUCACCUGUCACGGAUUUCCGAGAAGCCUGUUGUCGCCUCAAUAGCGGUGAAGGGUGUGUACGAGGAGGCUUCUGCAAUUUCAUUCACCGGAAGGAUCCCUCGCCUGACGUUGAUCGUGAGCUCCGGCUCAGCACCAAGAAGUGGCUCAAGGAGCGCGGUAGAGAUCCGCGCAGCGUGAGCCGAAGCCCGACUCCCGAGCCCACCCGGCGGAGAUACUAG